AUGACAGGAGAAGAAAUAACCAAACGGAGGGUGAUCCUCAAACAUUUCAUUACAAAGCUCAACACUCAUUAUCUUCAACUGAUCAUUCCCAAUUCCAGACGACCAAAUGCUACUGAAACGCCACGAGCUGCAAAUGCAGUGGUGCCAAAUGAUGUUAAAGAAGGACAGUUUGCUGUUUGUUCAGUAAAUACUAAAGAGGAACCACAGAGGUUUGUGGUGGAGUUGCAUUGGCUUACAAAUCCAUCAUUCUUGAAAUUACUAAAACAAGCUGAAGAUGAAUAUGGAUUUAUACAGAAGGGUGUUAUUGAAGUCCCUUGUCUUGCUGAGGAAUUAAAGAAAGUUCUUCAGUUCAAUACCGGGAAAAGAAGUGCCACUGAUUUUGCAGUUUAA